GCGAGGACCAUAUAAAAGCUCGCCAUAGAAAAAGCGAGCGCAAUCCACCUCCUGCGAAAACCCUAAUCUCCUCACAGUCAGCUGCAGCACAGCGCGUUCGCUCGCUCGACCUCGGCUCUCCAUCGAACAUGGCGGAUGUGGAGGCAGAUGUCGCGGUCGCAGGGCAGCCGAAGAAGAGGACGUUCAAGAAGUUCAGCUUCAGGGGCGUCGACCUCGAUGCGCUCCUCGACAUGUCCACCGACGAGCUCGUCAAGCUCUUCACCGCCCGAGCUCGCAGAAGGUUCCAGAGAGGUUUGAAGCGGAAGCCGAUGGCCUUGAUCAAGAAGCUGCGCAAGGCGAAAAGGGAGGCCCCUGCGGGUGAGAAGCCCGAACCAGUAAGGACCCACCUGCGGAACAUGAUCAUAGUUCCCGAGAUGAUUGGAAGCAUCAUUGGAGUUUACAAUGGCAAGACUUUUAAUCAAGUUGAGAUCAAACCUGAAAUGAUUGGCCACUAUCUUGCUGAGUUCUCCAUCUCGUAUAAACCCGUUAAGCAUGGAAGACCCGGUAUCGGUGCUACCCAUUCCUCUCGCUUCAUUCCCCUCAAGUAAAAACACAGUGUGUUCCAUGACAUAUUUUCUUAUUGUUCGUCCAUUUUGAAGCAGUUGUUGGAGACACUAGAUUUUGAUACUCAAUUUUGAUGUCCUUCUAGUUAAGUUUGUUGUGCUUUUGUUGCCGGCGAACCUUAAAUUUGAAUUCGGAACUUCACCCAGUUUUCUCGUUUA